UGUAGUGCCUACGUCAAUCCGAGAUUUUCAGCCUGCCCUAGCCGCAGCCAUCGCCUCAUCCGACGUCCUGUCCCCCUCAGUCGUGAACCCGAAUGUGUCGCGAGAGAUAGAGAUCAUGCCCCUUGAGUCCCAGGAUAAUUUGCCUUUGAUGGACAUGAGUAUGUUCUUGGAUGUAGGCUUGAUGAACGGACAAGACUCGGUCCCACCGGGUGACUUUUAUCCCGACCCAUUAGGCGUGUGUGAGUCUGUGAAGCCCCCCGUUGCGUUCGCUGUGAUGCAAGAUGAGUUGGACGCGCUCAAAAACUUCGUUGCCGAGUGCCGUGUGAAGCAAGAUGUAGGUCCCCCCUCCCUUUCCCAUGCUUUGGCGAUUAUCGCCCCCGGUGGUCCAGCGUUCACUGUAGGAAAACCCACGUCCACCAUCGACAUUAAUUUGUUCCACGCUUCCACCGGCCACGUGAAUGAAUUUUUGAUGCGGGAAACCGCCAAGCAGCAGGGUGUUCAAUUGGUGGGGGAACUGCAGCCAUGCGUCGGCUGCAUCGAGGCGAAGGGCAGGAGGGCCCCGGUGCCGCGGCGUGGAGUCACCCGCGCGGCGGUACCGUUCGGCAAGGUGCACAUCGACAUCACCGGCCCGUACUCUGAGGCGUUCGAUGGUUCCCGUUACCUGAUUAUGUUCGUGGACAGUGCGUCGCGGUGGCAACGGGCGUACGGCAUGCGGGCCAAGAGCGACACCCUGACGUACACGCGGCGUUUCCUCGCCGACCUGAACGGCAACGGCCCUCUGGGGUGUUUCCGCAUGGACAACGCGGGGGAGUUCACGAGUGCUGCCUUCGUCGCGUUCUGCGACGCCGCUGGCAUCCGGCGCGAGUACACCGCGCCCGACACCCCGAAGCAGAAUGCGGUCGUGGAAAGCGCCAUCUGGCGAGCCAUGAAGGGGGGCCACGCCGCCCGCCGCCACGUCCUCUCCAUGGGCCACUUCGACCUCGCCUCCAUCCCCGGUAUGGACGCCAACGGACACCGGCUGUGGCUUGCAUCGGCGAUCUGGGCCUCCGGCUGCUUCAACCGUUCCGCGACGUCGGCCAACCCGGCCUGGAUGUCGCCGUUCGAGGCCUUCUUCGGACGCAAACCGCCGCUCAAGGUCGUCCCCUUUUUCCAGGAGGGGAUGAUGCGCGUGAAGCGCGCCAGCAAGGCGGACGUCCAAUCCGUUCGUUGCUUCUACCUGCACGGAGCGCGCAACCACUCCGACGCCACUGCCGUCGUACUCCGCGCCGACACCGGAAGGAUCUGCCUGUCCAACAACGUCGUGUGGAUCAACCGCCGCACCGCCGUGCCGGCGCCGGUACCGGCCAGCGGGGGGGGUUCUUCGGUCACCGCGGCGCCCUCGCCGGCCGCCGCCGCUCCUACAGCCGCUGCCGCACCGCCACCGCCAUGGACAUCGCGGACGUACACCCACACCCCGCCCACAGCGACUACCGCUACGCAGCCGCCCGCUUCACCGCCGCCAGCUUCUCCGUCGAUCUUCACAGGGUCCGGAGCUCCGUCGCCGAUAUCCACGGCGUCGUCGAGUGCACCGCCGUCCACCGCAGCCACGCCGCCCCGUCCACCGCACGCAAGCGCCGUCGCUCCCGCUCCCCAUCACCCGCCGCUUUCACAGCGAGCCGUCAGAGAGUUGGGCGAGAAGGAAACCAGGGUACAUGGCCGUACGCGCGGCGACCGAGUGCGCUUCAUGGAUGAGCAACAGCAACCGCCGUCGCCGUCAGGUGGCGGCACCGCUCUCCAACACCGCCUUGGGCUGCUGUCGAUGAUGGGCAAGGAUGCGCUCGUCUCGUCGCUCGCCACCCGGGAAGCCGUCGAUCAAGGACGUCGAGACCUGCCACCGUCCGCCAAAAUCGCCCCUCCCGCUCCCCCACAGCCGCAAGAUACGAGUUUAGCAGGCCAUGGGAGCGGGGGGGCCGCAGGAGCUGGGGGGCCGGGGGGCCUGCACAUGUUCGCAGCAAUGUUCGCCACCCGCGAGGAUGUGGAAGCCACUCUUCGUGCCAAGCGCCCUCCUGACAAGACGCCGGACCUUCCUCACUGCCUCGCCAGCGACCUCCGAGUGCCGAAAACGUUCAAGGAGGCCAUGCGGUCUCAACAUUCAGAGUUGUGGGAUGAUGCAGUCGGUCGUGAGUUUUUCGGUCUGCUGGAUGCAGGUACUUUUAGUCCGGUGUAGCAACCAGUAGAAAACUUCAUCAACGCCAAGUGGGUAUUCAACUGUAAGGCAGACGAGUACGGAUGGCCGACGAAAUUCAAGGCACGACUUGUAGCGCGGGGGGACAUGCAGAGGGCUUCGAUUGAUUUUGGAGAAUUGUUUGCACCCACCGUAUCAGUGUCUAGUGUGCGCUUGUUGGCAGCAUUAGCGUGUGAGCAGAAUCUUGACUUGUGCCAUUUCGACAUUCAGCAGGCUUUUGUGCAGUCUGAGCUUGAUGAGGAUGUUUUCAUGCGCUUACCGCAGGGGUGUGGUAGGUUAUCUGGCUUGAUCGUGAAGCUAUGCAAGAGUCUGUAUGGUUUGAAGCAGGCAUCACGACAUUGGCAUUCGCACCUGACGAGGUGUUUGUUACUUUUAGGUUUUUUGCAGUGUCUGGCAGAUGCGUGUGUUUUUCGAUUGAUGGAGGAGGGACGUGUGAUCAUGAUCAUCGUGGUCCACGUGGAUGACAUUUUUGCUGUAGGGCAGAAGGAGAGGUGUGACAAGUUUGGCGAGGACCUCAACGAGAUGGUCCCCGUGAAAAACCUUGGAGAGUUGAGGUGGUACUCUGCGUGCUUUUACGAGAGAGACGUAGAGAGA